UCGCUUCUAUUUGGCCCGCUGGCGGCGCUGGAGAGCAGCGCUCGCCCUCGUGGCUUGGGAGCAGCCGUAGAAGGCCGCAGGAGACCAAAAAGACACCGGAGACGGGCAGUGGGUAGCGCAAAAACUGAGGUCGAUCUGAUGCCAAGUCCUGCAAGCCGAUGUUGGGCAGCGGCAGCGAUUCGGCUCGCUGGGAAGCGCCGGAGGCUUGAGCAGUCCGCUGGGACAGCGUAGCUCAGGUUGCGGGACGCGUAGCCGAGCUGCCAAAAUCGAGCUCUUGAUUGAGCAAGCCGGCAUCGCGAGCUAAGUCGAGUCCGCCCAGACCUACGUGCCAAACCAGCGUCCGAGCAGCAUUAACGGAGGCCUUGGCAUGCUGCCGCACCAGUUUGACCGCUUUCACGGCGCGAAACGAGCCGGAUGCAGUUGCGAGCAAAGAGCAGGAGGCCGCUUAGUUGGCCGCUCUAAACGCGCCGGACAGGGCACCGGAGCGCAUUAGAACGCGCGUACACGGGCGCCAACGACCGCGAGACCCGGUAGAGCUGCUUACUUGCGCCUCCGGCCAGCAAUUCUCACGAAACCGCUUCGACUCGGACGGAACGGCUCAUCCGGGCACCCCCGCGCAGGCUUGUAAAAUAUGAAGCUUUCCAUCGCGUUAUUAGCGGCCCCGGCCCUCGCCUUCGCGCCCGUGGCGCAGCAGGCGCGCGCGUCCGUCAAGGUCGAGGCGCGCAAGGAGGUCGCCGCGGCGACGCUCGGCGCGGCGGCGCUCCUCGCGCCCUUUGCUGCGUUUGCCGGCGACAUCGAGUCGGGCGCGACGAUCUUCGCGGGCAACUGCGCGGCCUGCCACGCGGGCGGCAACAACGUCAUCGCGGCCGAGAAGACGCUCCGCAAGGAGGCGCUCGACUCGUACCUCGCCGGCGGCCGCAAGGAGAGCUCCGUCGUGACCCAGGUGACCAACGGCAAGAACGCCAUGCCGGCGUUCGGCGGCCGCCUCUCGGACGAGGAGAUUGGCGACGUCGCGGCGUACGUCAUCGACCAGGCGAACGGCGACAAGUGGGACGAGUAGGCGCUGCCGCCUCCGGUCCGGUGCGUCCAGCGCGUCUGUUUAACUACUAAGUCUACUAUUUUUCUUUCGACGGCGCGCUCCGUGGACGCGUCCAGAGAUGCCCCAGCCGCACUCCAGGAGUCUUGCCGGAGGCCUGUCGCGUCG